UGUGUCGUCGGCGGCUACUCCGUGCCCCGGGGCUCCCGCGUCAUGAUCAACGUCUUUGCCCUCGGUCGUGACGCCAGCGCGUGGAAGGACGCCGAUGUGUUCCGACCUUCAAGGUUCAUGGUUGGGGAAGGGGAGGCCGCCGAGGUCGACUUCAAGGGCGGGUGCUUUGAGUUCCUGCCAUUUGGGUCUGGCCGCCGCUCGUGCCCUGGCAUGGCGCUUGGCCUGUACUCGUUGGAGCUCGUUGUCGCGCAGCUCGCUCAUGGGUUCAACUGGGCACUUCCCGACGGCAUGGUGUCGUCGGAGCUCGACAUGUGUGAUGUCCUCGGCCUCACUGUUCCACGCGCCACCAGGCUCUGCGUCGUGCCCAUGCCUCGACUCACCUGCUCUUUGGUCGCUGAUGAUGAUGCCACGCACCAGGCAUGAUGUCAUGCGUGCACCUAUUGUCUUCGUGUGUGACACUGCACGAGUUUGGUGGCUUUCUCUUUGCCUUCUUUCUCCUUCUAUUUUUUAUACUACAGAACAUGAUAAUUCGAUCUUCUAUGCUUAGCUUACAGAGUGUGAUGCGUGGCUAUUUUUCAUACUAGAUGAUUUCCCGCGCGUUGCUGCGGACAUCCUUGUACAACUUGCUGUAAAUUUGAUUUCCCACAGAAAGUUGAAUCAUUGAUGUCUGCAAUUCAGUUAUUUCAAGGCAGUUUCAUGUGGCCAUAUAAACGAAGGUACAUUGAUAGGCAUGAAAAAUACUUCAACUCAGCUAGUGACCCGAAUGGGUAAAAGCCAAUGCAAUUUGCAUCUACUAUGUUGUCAGAGUUGGGCUCAAUUGAAGCUAAAAGUCCUUCAUUACAUGGCUGUAAGGCUAGACCAUGAAAACUGAACCGGUGCAACCAAAGGCAUUAGCAAUGCUCGAAUAAUAUAAUGUGUAACAUCAUAGGAGAAGGAUGAUAAUCUAGACCAAACAAAAAGAGCACGUGUCAGAGCGGUAUAAAAAGAGUAUAGUUAGAAAGAGAAAACCAAUUAGUUCCUAAUAAAAAAACAGUAGAGUGCGAACUUUAAAAUAUAAAUCCAUGAAGAAUACAUAGAAAAAAAUUUAGGAACAUGAUCCCCCAUGGGCAUUGCUGCAAGUAAAACAGUUGUUAUCCAAAUGUGCAAAGCUUGUAUGAAUAUGCAUAGCAGAUAAAUGUGACUGGAUUCAUUUAUAACUAUUCAAUACCAAAAAUCUAGAGAAUCUAGAAUAUUUUGCUGUCAGUUGAAGAUUCCAAGCAAAAAAAAAUGUCUAGAACAGGCUAAUGAAAAGGCGCCUAGUACAGGACAAAUCUCUUUAUUGUUGAUUAGUAGGCAGAGUUGUCCACACUACAUGGGUAUUACGCGGUUUUAUACUACAUAAAAUAGGAACUCAUAUAUGUUUGCCACGAUAUAGUUGAAAGCACGCCAUAUAUCUCCUAGCACCUAUGUGGCUAGCUUAUAAAACUGGCAUAACCAUAGAGGGGCCUUACUAAGAGAUAGAAACUGUAGACAUGAACAUCCUGUAAACAAAACUUGUCACUCUAAAUUGGUUCGCCCUGAUUAGCAUUUCGCACACAAGAAGGGAUUCAUUAAAUAAAAAAAUUGAAUCUGAGAGAAGUCCCCUUUAUUGGAUUUAGCAGAAGUUGAAGACCGUCCCACUGUGAAGUUUGCAUCUUAAACAUCAAUAACUUGGAUACCUUCCCUCUUAUCAUAUCAAGAGCCUGAAGGAAACCAAGCUUGUUGUAAUAACUGAGAGAACACAUUUAGUUUAUCUUUACUGAUGCUACCUAGGAAUUAUAGCCUUGCACAUGCCACUGAUUUAUUACAAAAGGCAAAAAAUGAUCAGCCAAGCCCCUCCUAACCUCGAGGCACCGAUCCAGGGAAAGAAGUAAGAAUGCAACAUCUAAAAAAGAGAGGGAUGUAGGAUGUAGGAAAUCAAGCUGCUCAAACUAUUAACUAUCCAAGUCUCAAAAGGUUGAUGGUUUGAUUAGUAAGAAAACAUAGAGCCGCAGCUAGCCAUGCACUAAUAUCGGGAGGCGUAGGUGCACAGCAAAGUAGAAGCGGGACAUAAUACACCAAGCUGUGGAAAAAAAAUAACAAUUAUUCAGUGAGAGAGAUGGACAAACUAUACUCCCAAGAUCUCAAAGCAUUACGAUUACAUAGUAUAUGGUAUGGCUAUAAGAUGUGAGAGGCAAAGGUUGUUGCUUAAAACUCGUCGCUUGAGUGAGACAAAGCUGUCUGACUUGCCCGAGGAAGAGGCAAAGGUCUCACACAGGGAGUCCGGACGUCGUCCGCCUCAGCACCUUUCCACUGGAUCCGAACGGCCGCCAAUGGUAUUCGUCAUCUCAUAGGUGAAUGUAUAAGUGCGUUCAUGCUCACCUGAUUAACUGAUGUGCCAGCCCCGAAGAUGGAGUCCCGGGGAAGUCGUCUUCGCCGAUGAAGCCCGAAUCCUUGCCGCUCGUUGCAGCCGGCGGCGGCCGAGGAGCAGAGCAACGACACAUAGAGGCAUCAUAGGUUAGGCCUUCAUCGACGAUCUGCGAUUCUGGGCGGCCGGCGAUGGAACGUUCCCGUCCGGUGUACCAAUGCCCAGAGAGACAUCGGAGUCAAGACGGAUCGGAUGUAGGAGCUUCAGACUUCAGUGCAGAGGAAGGCAUGCAUAGGCUGAUUCGGAUGUGGUCACGAUCUGACUGGGCGACAAAUCACGCGCAGCCCAGGUCCAAAGGGCCCCAGAGUGGCAUCGGUGGUGUGGAAGACCGGUGGUCCUGUGGACUGAGGGGACUUCACGCCGGAGCUACCUUGGCCGGAACGGAGACAGAUAAUGGAGGGGAGCACAAGGGCACCGCGGAUGCCGUCUCGAGGACGCAGGCACACACCGCCAAGGUGUAUUUUGCCUGAGAUAAUCCCGGAAGCCGCGGAGACGAGCCGAACCGGCGGGCGCGGCGGGGGGGGC